GAUACAACGAUCAUAUAUGCAGAAAUGGAGAUUAAGAUUACUUUGCUAAUCAUCGUUACUUUGAGUUUAAUCUUAAUCCCAGUUGCUAAAUCUCAAUUGCAAUCAGGGUUUUACUCUUCUACGUGUCCCAAAGCUGAAGCUACUGUGAGGUCUACUGUUGAAACACACUUCAAGAAUGAUCCUACUGUUGCUGCUGCACUUCUCAGGCUCCAUUUUCAUGAUUGCUUUGUUGAGGGUUGUGAUGGGUCAAUCUUGAUUAAGGGUGGUUCUGCUGAGAUUAAUGCAGUGCCUAAUCUUGGAUUAAGAGGAUUUGAAGUCAUUGAUGAUGCUAAGUCACAAUUAGAAUCUUUGUGCCCUGGUGUCGUGUCUUGUGCGGAUAUUUUGGCCUUGGCUGCUCGUGAUUCAGUUGAUUUGAGUAGUGGUCCAAACUGGGCAGUACCAACAGGGAGACGUGAUGGUAGAGUCUCAUUGGCGUCUAAAGCAUCAAACUUACCAUCACCGUUAGAUUCUAUUGACGCCCAAAGGCAAAAAUUUGCGGCUAAAGGCCUUGAUGAUCGUGAUUUGGUGACAUUAGCCGGUGCACAUACGAUUGGCCAAACGGAUUGUAGAUUCUUUAGAUAUCGUUUAUACAACUUCACGACAACCGGGAACUCGGAUCCGACUUUGAGCCAAUCGACUCUAACCGAUUUUCAAAAGCAGUGUCCAAGGAGCAGUGAUGGCACGGAGCGAGUGGCAUUGGACAAGGACAGCCAGUUGAAGUUUGACGUGAACUAUUUCAAGAACGUGCGUGAUGGGAAUGGUGUUUUAGAGUCCGAUCAAAGGUUGUGGGGCGAUCCCACGACACGUGACAUUGUACAAAAGUACGCGGGAACCUUACGAGGGUUGUUGGGACUUAGAUUUGAUUUUGAGUUCAAGAAAUCCAUGGUUAAGAUGAGUAGCAUUGAAGUAAAAACGGGUACACAAGGAGAGAUUAGAAAGAUUUGUUCCAAGUUUAAUUAA